GAGUUGCUUGAUGGUCGUCCUGUUGCAGAGCUGCCAGCCCGGGAGAAGCAACUCUACGAGAUCAUUGGCCAAUUGCAGCGGAGAAACCCUGGGACACCAAGUGUGUUUGCUCCGUUGUCUGACAUUGCUGAGCGCAAAGCCCACCCUAUCCGAAUGGACUCUUCGGCAUCCCUUCAAAGCCGUCUCUCUACGGGGACUGAAACGGCUUCCGAGCCUCCGAAGGGAUCCCAGGUGGAAGCUGCAGAGCCAACCUUGGUUGAAGCCGAAGCACCCGCAUCUGCCUACCCCAGUCGCCGAGAGGUGGAUCAGGCGGAUGAUUCCGAUGCAGAGGAUGAUCCGGAGUACAAGAAGUUGUAUGCCCGUAUGGAGGCAAAGAUUCGGCGAAUGUGCACGCCGAGCAGCGUCAGCGGGAGACUGGCCGCUUCCCCAGACCUCGUCAAGGACUGGAAAGACAAAGGCUACAAACGUGUGCAGCUGGUGAAGCUCAUGAUCGAAGCCGAUGGCAACAAGGCGGCCUUCCAACAGAAGGUGGAGUCGUGGAGAAAGACGGAGCAGUUUCGGAAGAAAGUGCAGAAGGUGAAGGAGUACUGUGAGAAGCACAACUUCGUGCGGAAGAACCAGUACGAUGCGGAUGAGCUCGAGUUUUGGGUGGACUUCCGAACCGAAGGUUCCCGUGGAACCAACAAAACCGACGGCAUCAUCGAAAGUCGCACGGCCGACGUGACCGGCGCUGAGGGCUUCAUAUCUUCAGCAUUGAGCGAUGCUCCAAUGCCGGAGCUUCCUAUGGCUGGGUCAGAUGCACCGGGGCUUUCUCGUGAGAACUCCCAGGAGGCUGAUACUAUCGCAAAGCUCAUGGAUGAGGCCCUCGGAACCCGCAAGAACCUGGACAAGCUGGUUCUUAAGAUGAAGAAAGACAGCGGACAGCUCAGGGACAUCGUCAGCAUGGAAGAGUGCAUCGAGAAACUGGGCACGCUCUAUGAUGAUUUGGCCGGACUCCAGGCAGAGGUGAAGGUCAAUGGUAUGAGCCCCACGCUGGAGCAGCAGCUAGAGGAGAAGCGCAAGGCCGUGAAGUGUGUUCUGGCAGUGUCCUGCGAGCUCAAGAACAAGUCUGUGAAGCGCAAAGAGCCGGGAUCGCUGCCGACGGAGGAAGCGCAGCCUAAGAAGUUGCCCAAGCAGAAGAUUGAGCUCAGUUUGAAGAUCAGUGUGAAGGGAAUCACACUGAAAGCCAAUUUGGCCCAGGUGCCAGCCAAGGACAUCGUGGAUCGUGCCGUCGCCUCCAGCAAAGAUGGAGACGUAUUGUGUCCCACAGCCGACAAACUGAUUCAUGUACCGAAGGGUCACGAGGAGGAUGGAGUCUACAAAGCUUUUCUUACUACUGGGAUGCUAGUGAAUAUUCCACAUACAAGCUUGAGGAUUGGUGAUGGGGUGCUCGAGAAGCACCCAACCUUUAGACCCCGAGACUUCAUUGCUGAACUUUGUGAGCUGGAGAAAUUUUCUUCUGUGGUCGGUUUGCCUUUAGAAUCUGCAACUAUACAAUUGGAAGAUUUCUGGACUCAUUUCUGCAAUCAGUACGAUCAUCCGAUUGUGGGCGACAUCAAGUCGGGUGCGGUAGAUCCCGCUUAUCUGGUUCCGUUGAAUCUGCACGGCGACGGAGGCCGGACCUACAAGAAAUCCGAGAUUAUGGUGUUGCAAUGGCAACCGGCUAUUGGAGCUGGCACCAGGAUGAGUACGAGAAAGCGUAAAGUGUUGCCAGAGGUUAAUGCAGCAGAGAUUAAUCUCAAGGGGCACAGCUUUCAGACUCGUUUUCUCAUCAGUGUGCUCCAUAAGCGCCACUACAGUGAUGAUCCGGCUCCCUUGCUGAAGCUUCUCGAAGCUGUUUCCGAAUGGUUCGGGGACUUGUAUGAGAAUGGCUUCAAGAUCAACGGGCAGCUUUGGAGAUUUCUUCCGUUGGGUCUCAAGGGGGACUUAGUCUUCCAUGCAAAGGCAACAGGGCUGGAAAGAUCAUUCUUGCGAGUGCGCAAGAGGGCUCCGAAUGCUCGAUCCAAAAUCCUCGCUGGUUGUUGCCCUUGGUGCCUCGCAGGCAGCCCUGGUUUCGAUUUCGAGUGCUUUGACAAAGAUGCUCGCUGGAUGCAAUCUACGGGGUCACAGAACCCACUCCCCUGGAGCACGAAGCCUACAAUCUUGAAAGCAAUCCCCCACAGUCCGAACGAGCCUGAAUUCCUGAAACCCGACGUUUUUCAUAUUCUGAAUAUGGGUGUCUACAAAGAGUAUGCUGCGAGUGGGCUAUGCUUGCUCCUGCCUUUCUGUGGUGGAACCUCCAUGGACCAGAAUAUGCAGCUCAUGAAUCAGAAGCUGCGGCAGUAUCUGAGAGAGACGAAGACCACAUUACAUGCACAAAGGCUGACUUUGGACCUCAUUGGUGCCAAAACACCCAACGCCUAUGCAUCUGGUAGUUGGAGCAAAGGGUCAGAUUCUGUGGUUUUCAUGAAGUUCCUGCUUUGGCUUGUCGAGAACCUGCCGGUCCCCCACACCGAAAAACCCUGGAAAUACCUCCGUCAAGGAGCUGCGUCUAUCGGCGUUUGCAUGCGCACCCUCUAUGAAGAGAGUAUAUUUAUGGAGAAAUCCACGGCGCUACAAUGUGCCGAAGAUGGAUAUAUGUUCCUUUGCUGUUACAGCCACCUCGUGAACCACAGUGUGCAUCACAAGCGGCUCCUAUUUAACCUGGUGCCAAAAUUGCACUACUGGCACCAUGUGGUGGCAGAGCUUCGAAAUAGCGCUCUGGACGACAAGACCUCUUUGGUUUUUAACCCAACCACGAACUGUACGAGUAUGUGCGAAGAUUAUAUUGGACAGAUAGCGCGUCUCAGCCGAAGAGUCAGCGCGAGAACAGUUCACAGUCGUGUCUUGAGACGGUAUCAGGCUGCUGUGGCUCAGCAUAUGGGGCUCCUGGGGUGA